CCUGAAUCACCCGAACCCGUAAGACCUGAAUCACCCGAACCCGUAAGACCUGAAUCACCCGAACCCGUAAGACCUGAAUCACCCGAACCCGUAAGCCUUGAAUUACCCGAACCCGUAAGACCUGAUUCACCCGAACCCAUAAAACAUGAAUCACCCGAACCUGUAAAACCUGAAUUACUCGAUCCCGUAAAACCCAAUACACUCGAACCCGUAAAAUCUGAUUCACCCGAACCCCUAAAACCUGAAUCACCCGAACCGAUAAUACCCGAUACUCAGACGACACCCGAACCCGUAGUACUCGAUACACAGCUGACACCCGAACCUAUAAUACCCGACGCACCGGUCAAUUCGUCGUCGUGUCAGCUCAUCAGUAAUAAGCGAACAAAGGGUCUGCAGGUGUCGUUUGAGAAGACACCCGAACCCGUAAAACCCGAUACACCGGUUCGGCGCAAACCACGAGCGAAACGAACUGUCGAUUCCGUGGAUCAGACGUCGCCGGCUUCCCCGCCGGUCAACACCAAAAUCAAACGCAAAGCACUCGAACCCGUCAAACCUAAUACACCGGUUCCGCGCAAAACACGGGCGAAACGGACAAUUGAUUCCGUGGAUCAGACGUCGACGACUUCCCCGCCCCUCAAAACUAAAGCCAAACGUAAAGCGUCUGAACCCGUGAAACCCGAAACACCAGUUCAGCGAACAACACGCGCCAAACGGACUGUCGAUUCAGUGGAUCAGACUUCGACAGCUGCCCCGCCGGUCAAAACCAAAGGCAAAAGCAAAGCUCUCGAUUUCGUGAAAGCCGAUGCAUCAGUUCAGGGAACAACUCGAGCGAAACGGGCUGUCGAUUCCGUGGAUCAGACGUCGACAGCUGCCCCGCCCGUCAAGACUAAAGCCAAAAGCAAAGCUCUCGAGUCCGUGAAAGCCGAUGCACCGGUUCAGGGAAAGACCCGCGCGAAACGGACUGUCGAUUCUGUGGAUCAGACCUCGACAACUGCCCCGCCGGCCAAAACCAAGAGCAAAGCCAAAAGCAAAGCCAAAAGCAAAGCUGUUGAGACCGUGAAAUGCGAUGCACCAGUUCAGGGAACAGCCCGAGGGAAACGGACUAUGGAUUCCGUGGAUCAGAUCUCGACAACUGCCCCGCCGGCCAAGACUAAAGCCAAACGCAAAGCUCUCGAACCCCCAAAACCCGAUUCUCCGGUUCGGCGGACGACUCGAUCGAAACUGACUGCGGAUUCGGUGGACCAGACGUCGACGACUGCCCCGUCGGCCAAAACCAAAGCCAAACGCAAAGCUAAGAAACAAUAG